AUGAUGGACGUUGGAUAUGAGGCUACCCCACCCCCCUCCGCCGGGAAGGACUGGGUCAACUUCUGGAACUUCGUGGACCGGGCUCCCCCUCUCGAAGCCGAAUCCGUCCCCCGUGAUAUCCUGGUGGUGGGCGCCGGCAUUGCGGGCAUUGCCGUGGCCCUGGCCCUCUCCAAGGAACUGACUCCUUUUGUCCCCGACCUUCGCAUCAACGUCUAUGAACGACACGAUAUCCUCUCCACCUCCGGCGGUGCCAUCAACCUGACUCCCGUGGCCCAACGGCAUCUCGAUCGCCUUGGGGUUCUCGCGGAGCUGGACAAACUGGGACCCGAGGCUGGUACCGAUGUGGAUGCUAUUGAGCUGUACUCCAGCCGCUCCGGGCGGUCCCUGGGUGCCAUUAAUUUCACCGACCAGAAUGGGAACGGAUUCGGUGGGUACAAGGGUCGCCGUGUGAUGCGGAUUAUUCUGUCCCUGGCCAUGUUGAAGGUGGUGGAACGCACCAAGAACGUCAACAUCGUGUUUGGCAAGAAGCUGGUGCGCGGCAAGGAAACCAAGGACAAGGCGACGCUGCUUUUCCACGAUGGCACCACGGCGACUGGAGAUUUGGUGCUCGGCUGUGACGGGGUCCACUCCAACGUGCGCACCCAAUGGGUCGCUCCCGAGAGCCCGUCGGAAUACACGGGCAUCUCAUUUGUCCAGACCAUGAUUGAUAGCAAACAAGUCAAGGCCCCCGUCCAUUUCCGCUCCACCUCCAUGAACAUCUCCCGCCAUGGUUCCUUGCUGGCCAGUUACUGCGAUCGGGACCACACCCAGAUCUUCAUGGCCGCCAUCGUACAGUUCCGCGAAGAGCUGCUUCAUCACUACAAGAUUGAACCGGGCCAAGACUGGCGCCGCACUGCAGCCAUUAAGGAUGCGCUCAGCCGAGAGAUGCAGGAUCGCUUUGGCCGAUCGGGACUGGCGUCGAUCCGAGACAUGGUGUCCAAGGCGGACGACUGGAUGCUUUAUCCUGUGUGGCAAGUCCGACCAGGUGGACGCUGGUACCGCAACCGAGUGUUGCUCCUGGGUGAUGCGGCACAUGCAAUGCCUCCUCGGGAUGAAUCAGCCGCCUACGCAUUAGAUGACGCCAUUCUCUUCUCUCGCAUUCUUUCGAAGCACCGCUACGACCCUCUCCCGGUCAGUUUCAAAGCCUACGAAGAUCUCCGACGAGGAACCGUCAACGCAGCGUUCCAAGUAUCGCGACGAAUGUGGGAGAAGAACCGCGAUCUCGGGUUCUUAGAGGGUCGUCUAAAGGAAUGGACGAUGCCGAUGCAAGUGCGCAACGCCAAGGAAUCGCGCGAAGCCGCAUGGGAGUUCGACGCGACCAAGGUGCCACUACCCGGUCCGGGCGACUCAACCUCGUCGCUGUAUUCAUCUGAAAAGGAGUUUCUAUAG